GGUCCAGAUAAAAGCCGGGCCUGGCGGUGGACGGCCCAGCCGCCCGGAGCAGGCCAUGGCCCAGUCCCCUCCCCUGCAGGGCCUCCUCCGCCAGGACCACUGGACCUUCCCGCAGGGCUGGGGCUGGGCCGGCCACUCCGACUCCACGUCCCCAGCCUCCUCCUCAGAUUCGUCCGGCUCGUGCCCCUGCGACGGUGCCCGCGACCCCUCGCGGCCCGAACCUUCGGCCCACAGCGCCCGCGCCGCCGAGGCCGCCCCGACGGCGCCCGGACGUGCGAGGCCCCGGCCGGCAGGCGGGCAGCGGCAGAGCGCCAGCGAGCGCGAGAAGCUGCGCAUGCGCACGCUCGCCCGCGCCCUGCACGAGCUGCGCCGCUUCCUGCCGCCGUCCGUGGCGCCCGCCGGCCAGAGCCUGACCAAGAUCGAGACGCUGCGCCUGGCCAUCCGCUACAUCGGCCACCUGUCGGCCGUGCUGGGCCUCAGCGAGGAGAGCCUGCAGCGCCGGCGUCGGCGACGCGGCGAGGCGGCGCUCCCCCGGGGCUGCCCGCUCUGCCCCGACGGCGGCCCCGCGCAGGCGCAGACGCAGGCGCGCUGCUCCGGCCCGGGCUCGGCGGCCAGCGGCGCGGCGUGCUGGGGGUCCCCGCCCGCCUGCCCCGGAGCCCUGCCGGCGCCCGAGCGCCUGGGGAACAGCGUGCCCGAUGUGGGUUCCUGGGUGACACCCUCUUACUGCCCCGGGAUGCAAUCGCCCCGGCAAGUAUCCCAAGGGAGAGCCCCGGACGCGGCCCUUUGGACACCGCCCCAAGCCUGUUUCGGAACGCAGACACCACCGGAGCCCGGGACCCAGGCCAUGCCCUGGACGCCACCCCUGAUGUCCCCGGAGCUGGCUGUGGUGUACCAGGGUAUCUCUGUGUCUCCAGAGUCCGGUCUGUUGCCAGAAGCCCCACCCCUCCUGCCCCUCCCAGCAUGCCAGAGACUCCAGCCUCAGACCCAGUGGGGAUGCUGGAGCCACAGUGCAGAGGUGCCCCCCAGCUCAGAGGACCAGGGACCUGGCCCCACCUUCCAGCUCAGUGAUGAAAGCCCUCCCCAGAGCUCAGGCCUACGGCUCAGUGACUGCCCUGAACUUUGGCAAGAAGAUUUGGGGGGAACCCAGCUGGGCAUCUUCUACUAAGGGUCUUGCCUGGCCCCUUUUCAGCCAGGAAUUAGGCCUAUAGUGUGAGGCACCCUCCUCAUUUGCUACUUCAGUCAUUUUUAAGCUUGCCUUUAGCCAAGGAUCGGGUGGGGCAGUGCCCCCCACCCUUGGACACCCCCUGAAUGACCGAUGCUCUGCAGAGCACAGCCAGAGCUGCAGUGAGAUGACGGCUGCCUGACCGUGAAGUUGGCCAAGCUAGGACUGGUGGGGGAGAGUCCUGGGCUCGGGGUGGGGGCAGAAGCUUAUUUGCUCAGGU